AUGCCACGCUCUGCCUCCGACCCGCUGCUGGCGGUGCCGCCACCUCCCACCUCCGCUUCGUCGUCGAUUGACCAAGAAUCGCCAGCAUCGGACCGACAGCGAGCGAUCCGCACCGCCAUCGCCCUGCUGGCUGUCGCAGCCAGCUACGUGCUCGCCUCCACGUACUCGUCGCCACAGGUGCUGCAGGCAAACCGACCGCCUCACUCCUUUACGGCUCCAACGGUUGAGGGCGGCGGGUACUGCUAUACUCCUCCGUGCAACCCAUUCUCGGGCACCUUCAAGUCGCCACUCUUCCGCAACCCUACUGCCGUCGUGGGCACGCCGCCAGACAUGAAGCGUGUGGUUGCCUUUCAUGGCUACCUGGCCGCCCUCCUCGGAGGCAGUCUGCUGCUGCAGGCCUCUCCCCGGCUGCGGGCGGCGUCCUCCGCCAGCGUGUGCCUCUACCGCCUCUGGCGCGGCUCCUUCGGCGCAAUCCUCUUCCUCCUCCUCUCGGGCUCGCUGCUUGGCUGGUGGGCGGUGGACGCGGCUCAGCUGGGCAAGCUCAAGCCCUGGGCGCACUCGACGGCGGUGGACAACCUGAAGCAGCUCGGCUCUGCGGCCGGCCACAGCCUGAACCUCGUCCUCGGCCUCUCGCUGCUCCCGAUCGGCAAGCGCUCCUCCCCUCGCUCCUCCCUCUCCGCCGCCUUUGGCCUCUCGUGGGAGAGCGCCCUCGCGUACCACCGCUGGCUGGGCGGGCUCGGCCUCGGGCUGAUGCUCGUGCACGUCAGCCUCGAGUUGGCGGCCUGGGCCUUUGACGGGGCGCUCGUCACUAACCUGCUCCACUACGCACCCACCCACGCGGACACCGAUAUCAACGCCUGGGUCAUCCCGCUGAUGGAGGCGGUCGGCGCCGCCUCCCUCCUCGCCGGCGCGGCCGCGCUGCCGGCCGUCCGCCGCAGGAGCUACUACACCUUUUACCGGCUGCACCUGCUGCUGCCCCUCCUCCUGGUCGCCACCCUCGUCCACUCUUGGGACUUUUGGCAGACAGCGAUGGUCGGGUUGUGGCUCUACCUCCUCGACAAGGCGGAGCUCGCCUCACUGCUCGCCCUCGACCUCUCCGGCUCGCGCCGCUGCACGCUCGAGGCCUGCCGCCCCGUCGGCGACGACUUCGUGGCGCUUGCGCUCCGCUUCCCACGCGGUGCUGCGAGCGCGCGGCCAGGCCAGGUCGUCUACGUGCAAGUCCCAUCGCUCUCCUGGCUCCAGUUUCACCCGUUUACAGUGAGUGACCGCGGCGCCAAGGUCGGCGAGCGGGCUUCGCUGAGCGGCGGGGGCACCGCCCACUCUCCCGCCGACGCGGCGGUGCGGCACCUGAGCAUCAAGGCGGGCCGCAAGGGGUCGUGGACGCGAGGGCUGCACUCCCUCGCGGCGUCCCGCCUGGCGGAGGGUGGCGGGCAGGAGGGUGGCGCGGCGCCGCUGCGGGUGCGAGCGAUCGGCCCAUUCGGAGAGCCGGAGGAGCGCGCGGCGGCGCAUCCGCAACUUAUCCUCGUGGCUGGCGGCGUCGGCAUCACGCCGCUCUCCGCACUCGCGGGCGCAUUCAUCGCUCGGGCGGCGGCGGAGCCGGGGUCGAGGCCGCCUACCACUUCGCUGCGGCUGGUUUGGGUAGCGCGGGACGUGCGGCUCUUCGUCGAGUAUGCGCUGCUGCUGGAGGAGCUGAUCGCGCUGCCUCGCACCUCCGUGCGGCUCUACCUGACGGGCAAGGCACAGGAGGAGCGACCCCUGCCCGCUUGCGUCGGAGACAACGUCACGCUCGGCCGCCCCGACCUCGCCCGCCUCCUCCCCUCCCUACUCGGAGAGAUGAGGCGGGAGGCGGGUGGGGGAGCGCAGGCCGCCAACGACUCGAACGCCGACUGCACAACGGGCGGCGUCUUGGCCGACGCACUUGGGGGCGACAACGGGGAGCCCUCCUGUCGAGGCCUCGGCGGGGAGCCUCGCAGCCGUCUGGGCGUCUUCAACGGAGAGGACGCCUUCGAGAAUGGGAGUCAAGCGGGCAACGGAGAGGACGCCUUCGAGAAUGGGAGUCAAGCGGGCAGCUGCGAGGAGCGCACGGAUCUGAGCUCGUUCCUACGCGAGUUCCGCGCCGCUUGCUUCCUCCUCGCGCCGCUCUCGAUGAUGAAGCAAGAGCCAGCACAGUGGCCGGGAGACUACAACGAGGCACUGCGCCGCGGGCGGGAGCGCAAAUACGGCAGCACUGGCAGCGGCAGCGGCAACGAGGCCGAUGUCACGCUCGGAGCGAGUGGGAAUGGCGUGAGCUCGUCGCCGGCGGACAGCAAUGAGGCGGCGAGCAGCCACAUGGACCGCAGGGGCGUCGAGGCUUGA